UGCCAUAACCCGUUAAUUAUUUGUAGAAGUCAAAUUUUAUUGCUUAAAUGGAGAAUAUUUUGUUUUAAUUCUGUACUGUCUAUUUGUUAUAUAUAUUAUAUGGUGAAAGCAAUAAUUCUUGUUGUUAAACUGAUGAUAAAAAUAUAAAAUAGUAAAAUCUAUUAUUUUAUUUAUUAAAAAUAUGGAAAAUAUAACAAAAAAUAUGUCUAAUGCACACAUCGGAAGUAAUAAAGUAAACAUAUCUUCCGAUUCAUCUAAUGAUGAUGAAAAAGAGCUACCAGCAGCUGAAAAAUCAUUAUUACAAAAAAUAGUGCGAACUGGGCUUAUAACAUCAAAACAUGACAUUGAAGUGCAAAGGCGUGAUCCGAAGUCCCCAUUAUAUUCAGUUAAAUCUUUUGAACUUCUUAAGUUACAUCCAAAUCUAUUAAAAGGUGUUUAUGAAAUGGGAUACAAUGCACCAUCUAAAAUUCAAGAAACAGCAUUACCUUUGUUACUUGCUAACCCUCCUCAAAAUUUAAUUGCUCAAUCACAAUCAGGAACUGGAAAAACAGCUGCAUUUGUACUGGCUAUGUUGAGUAGAGUUGAUCCUGAUAUGCAAUAUCCACAGGUUUUAUGUUUAUCCCCUACUUAUGAGUUGGCUAUACAAACUGGUGAAGUUGCAGCAAAAAUGUCAACUUAUUGUCCUAAUAUUAAACUUCGAUAUGCAGUCCGGGGAGAAGAUGUUGAAAAAGGGUCAAAAUUACAAGAACAAAUUAUUGUUGGAACACCUGGAAAAGUGUUGGAUUGGGCUACUAAGUACAGAUUUUUUGAUCCAAAAAAAAUUAAAGUGUUUGUUCUGGAUGAAGCUGAUAUCAUGGUGGAUACUCAAGGUCAUCAGGAUCAAAGUUUCCGAAUAAGAAAAUUGUUACCAGAAACUUGUCAAAUGAUGUUUUUUUCUGCAACUUAUACAGAAGAUGUUAUGAGAUUUGCUAAUGCUAUUGCACCUAUGUCAGUUAUUAUUAGGCUUAAACGUGAAGAAGAAACUUUAGACAAUAUACGACAGUAUUAUGUUAAUUGUAACAAUAAAGAAGAUAAAUACAAUGCAUUGGUAAAUAUUUAUGGUGGAGUUACUAUUGGUCAAGCAAUGAUAUUUUGUCAGACUAAAAAGAUGGCUAUGUGGUUGGUUAAUCAAAUGAGUGAACAAGGGCAUGCUGUGGCAUUACUAUCUGGCGAAUUGACUGUACAACAAAGAAUAGAUGUAUUAGAUCGUUUCCGUGAAGGCAAAGAAAAAGUUCUUAUUACAACUAAUGUUUUAUCAAGAGGUAUUGACAUCGAACAAGUGACAAUUGUAAUUAACUUUGAUUUGCCUAUAACUGUUAAUCGAGAGCCUGAUUAUGAUACCUAUUUACAUCGAAUUGGGCGAACAGGACGUUUUGGAAAAAAAGGAAUUGCUAUUAAUCUUGUUAGUGGUGAUGGAGAUCAUAAUAUACUAAAGCAAAUAGAAAAUCAUUUUUGUAUAAAAAUUAAUAAUUUGAAUACGGAUAAUGCUGAUGAUAUGGAAAAACUCGGGGCUGAAGAUUAAUUUUGAUUUUUAAUUCUCAUUUGUAUUAAUAUAAUUGUGUAAUUAUUGACUUAAAAUAAAACUAAUUCAAUUUAUUUAAA